AUGGAAUUAACACCACAGAACUCAGAGAAUGAGGAACACGGGGAUGCUUGGAAGGUCUACGUUGAUGGAUCGUCCAACAUUAAAGGAAGUGGGGCUGGAAUCAUAUUAGAAAGCCCAGAAGCAGUGACCAUAGAGCAUUCUCUGAACCUGGGAUUCCCAACUUCCAAUAAUCAAGCUGAAUAUGAGGCCCUGAUAGCUGGUUUAAUUCAGGCCAAAGAACACGACGUUAGGAAAGUGGACAUGUUCAGCGAUUCACAGCUGGUAACCUCGCAAAUAGAAGGAAAGUACCAAGCCAAAGGUCCCCUACUGAUGAAAUACCUGAGCCGGGUCCAGGAAAUUAUGGCCGACUUUGAUGAGGUCCGGGUUUAUCACAUCCCGCGAGCGGAGAAUAGCCGAGCUGAUAUUUUGUCGAAGUUAGCCAGCACCAAAAAUCCAGGGAAUCACAGAACUAUGGUGCAGCAAAGCAUAACAACGCCGAGUUGUGUGAUGAUGGUAACCUCUGUAAAUGACUGGAGAAAACCUCUAGUUGAUUAUUUGGAGAAAGGCAUACUGCCAGAGGAUCGCCUGGAAGCCAGGAAGCUGGUCCGAGAUGCGACCCAAUAUGCGAUUGUGAAUGACCAGCUAUUCAGAAAGUGCCUGCAUAAUCCCAUGCUAAAAUGCUUGGACUCGGAGGGAGCCGAGUAUGUUCUUGCCGAGAACCAUGAAGGGAUAAAUGGGCACCACAUGGGUGGAAAAGCCUUGGCCAGAAAAGCCCUCGGAGCUGGUUAUUACUGGCCAACCAUGGGGGCAGAUUCCCAAGAACAUGUCAAGAAGUGUGACGGCUGUCAGAAGAACGGUAAGUUGAUCCUUUCACCACCGGAAGAACUGAAAUCCAUCUCGACUCCGUGGCCCUUCUUCAAAUGGGGAAUGGAUCUACUAGGACCUUUUAAAGCUGCUGAAGGGCAACUCAAAUGGUUGAUAGUGGCUGUGGAUUACUUCACAAAGUGGAUAAAAGCAGAACCAGUCACCACGAUCACCUCGACUCGAGUGCAAAGAUUCUUUGAAAGAAACAUUGUUUCAAGAUUCGGAAUUCCAGCCGAGGUGGUUACUGAUAUUGGAACGCAGUUUGCUGAUAAGAAAUUCCAGCAGCUAAUGAAAGACCUACACAUCACCCAUCGUUUCGCGUCCGUGGAGCACCCACAGUCAAAUGGGCAGGCCGAAGCGGCCAACAAAGUGAUUGUGGAGGGUCUCAGAAAACGAAUGUUUGCCGCGAAAGAAAGCUGGGUUCACCAGUUAUACUUUGUCCUGUGGGGUUACAGAACUAGUACCCAAACUGCAACCCUUGAUCCCGGUGGAGAUUGGAGAACCCUCCUGGAGAAGGCUGACCAGUCUUGA